UUGAUUCCAUCACUUCCGCCCGGGACGCUCUCACUGACAACACGGGCUAUGGCGUCCAGCUCGAAUCGGAAUCCUCCUCCUUUCUCCGUGUCAGAGCAGUCAGAGCCCGGACUGUCUGAUAUGGCAGACGGAGACAGCGACGAUGGAGAGGACAUUUUUGUCAGCAACAGUUUCCAGAACCACCCGGCGUCUGUCAGUCGAGGGGUUUCCCAGCCAGAGGUGGCCGCCGCUGCCAAACCCAACGGAGUUCACUCCGAUGAUGAUGAUGACGACCUGUUUGCAGAAGCACAGGCGGAUUUAAGCUCAGACACAUCUGGCAGCUCUGCUCGGAAGGAUCUCUCCACCUCCUCUGGCCUUCCAUCUGCUCGGAGCCCAGCAGAUCUGCUGCCCACCUCCUUGGAGCAGCUGGAAGAGGAAGAGGCCAAGGAUAGUUUUGAUGUGGAUGUUGCUGUCACCAAUCCAGAGAAAGUUGGAGAUGGCAUGAAUGCAUAUGUGGCCUACAAAGUAUCCACCAGGACCUCUUUGCCCAUGUUCAAAAGUAAGGUCUUUACUGCCAGAAGGCGUUUCAGCGAUUUCUUAGGUCUUUAUGAAAAGCUUUCAGCCAAACAGUCGCUCCAUGGCUGCAUCAUACCGCCUCCACCCGAGAAAAGUGUUGUAGGAAUGACAAAAGUGAAGGUGGGCAUGGAUGACCCGUCAUCUGUGGAGUUUGUGGAAAAGAGAAGAGCGGCUCUGGAGAGGUAUCUUCAGAGAAUAGUGUCUCACCCACUGUUACUGCAAGAUCCCGACGUCCGUGAAUUCUUGGAAAGAGAAGAUCUCCCCAGAGCAGUAAACACGCAGGCCCUCAGUGGAGCUGGUUUCCUCAAAAUGAUCAACAGGGCAUCAGACGCUGUCAGCAAGAUGACCAUCAAGAUGAACGAGUCUGACAGUUGGUUCGAGGACAAGUUCCAGGAAGUGGACGUGGAGGAGCAGCAGCUGAGGAAGCUUCAAGCUGUAGUUGAUUCUCUGGUCAAUCACAGAAAAGAGCUGUGCGUGAACACAGCUGUGUUUGCCAAAAGUAUAGCCAUGCUGGGAAACUCUGAGGACAACACAGCCCUGUCCCGGGCCCUCUCCCAGCUGGCAGAGGUGGAGGAUAAGAUGGAGCAGCUGCAUCAGGAGCAGGCGGGAAGCGACUUCUUCAUUUUCGCCGAGCUGCUAGCUGACUACAUACGCCUGCUUGGUGCUGUGCGGGGUUGCUUUGACCAGCGUGUGCGAGCGUGGCAGCGAUGGCAGGAGGCUCAGAGCACACUCCAGAAGAAGAGAGAAGCUGAAGCCAAGCUGCUGUGGGCCAACAAACCAGACAAGCUGCAGCAGGCAAAGGAAGAGAUCACCGAGUGGGAGACAAAGGUUACUCAGUAUGAGAGGGACUUCGAUAGGAUUGGGAUGACCGUACGGAAGGAGGUUCUCCGAUUUGAGAAACAAAAGGCCAAGGACUUCAAGAGCCAAAUAAUCAAGUAUUUAGAGGCAAUGCUGCAGUCUCAACAACGGCUCAUAAAGUUUUGGGAGGCGUUCCAGCCUGAAGCCAAGGCGAUAGCUUAAUGAAGUGGAUUUUUCAUUUUUAUUAUAAAAAAAAACAACAAAAAAAAACCAACUGCCUUUUUCAACACUUUUACCUCUUUACCAGGAGUUCAGAGGACAGUUUUGAAACACAGAAGAAACUUCGGUCCGUCUUUUUAAUUAAAAUGAAUUCUUCUGGACAGACGUUUGAUAUAAUAAGCUGCCACAUGUACUCAUUGUGUAUUUGACAUCAUUUUUGUGUGUGUCAUUUAAAGGAUGAUAUAAAGCAAGAUUCACGUUUUACAUGAACUUGCCUGAACUGUGGAACUUUUUUUUUUUCCCCCUUAAGAUGUUUAUACCAAGAUACUGCACCUAGUAUCAUUCUCUGUAGAGGACUUUGGCUGAUAGGAGUAUGCAAGUCUUUCCACUUCUACAGCCACUGUUAAAUAGAUGCAUGUUGCGAGGUUUGAUGCACUAAUAGAAAGCAGUUUCUUUAUUAACUAAAUCACCAUUGUUAACGACUAUUAUAUGUAUUAAUGCGUUCUUAAGGUUUAUUAUACCAUGUAUUUUGGAUAUUAGGAGCGAAGUUACAGUGCAGAACUAACUUUAAAGGCUCAUCAGAGUUUUAACCACUGAAUUAAAGAGUCAUGAGGAGAAUACAAUCUGUAUUAUUAUUUUUGCUCCGGUCAUAUUUAUUGUAAUAACGGUUUUGUUCGUCCAUAUAUUCAACAUUGUUACAUUUAUUUUGUUGUAAUGUGAAUUGAGCUAAUGUGGACCUAUUGCUUACAUGUACUCAUGUCCAAUGUGUCCUUGUAUCAUACAAGCACUGUUUGAUAAUAUUCCUGCUCAAUAGAUUGGAGGCUGGAUAAACCAUAACAGAGAAUCUAACAAUAAGCGAUAUGGUCCCUUAUUUACUGGUUUCUGAUUGUACUCGUGUCCUUUACAUAAGAAUGUGCUUUAUUUUUAUAACCACUUUGCAUUGGUACAUACAUUUUCUUUGAAAUGUUAAUCAGGCAAGUGUAAAAAAUAAAGGUUUCACUAAGCUUUGGA